GCAAAUCCCUCAGUGAAACUCUAAGGCUCUGCCCAGGAAACCAGUCUUCUUGUGAAUGUGAUACACUCUCUCCAGUUUCCAUAUGCUGAGGUUAUACUUCUUCAUCAGUUUGAUGUGCUUGGUCAAAUCAGACACAGAUGAAACAUGUCCUUCAUUCACCAGACUGAGCUUUCACAGUGCAGUGGUUGGUACAGGACUAAAUGUGAAGUUGAUGCUCUACACAAGAAGAAACUGGACCUGUGCACAAGUCAUCAACUCCACAGUUUUGGGAAACUUGAAUGUGACCAAGAAAACCACCUUCAUUGUCCAUGGAUUCAGGCCUACAGGCUCUGCUCCAGUUUGGAUGGAGGACUUAGUACAGGGUUUGCUCUAUGUAGAAGACAUGAAUGUGGUUGUUGUUGAUUGGAAUCGAGGAGCUACAACUGUAAUAUACAACCAUGCCUCUAGUAAGACCAAAAAAGUAGCAAUAGUCUUGAAGGGAUUUAUCGACCAGAUGUUGGUACAAGGAGCUUCUCUUGACGACAUUUAUAUGAUUGGAGUAAGUCUAGGAGCCCACAUAGCCGGGUUUGUUGGAAAGAUGUACAAUGGGCAGCUGGGGAGAAUUACAGGUCUCGACCCUGCGGGCCCUUUAUUCAAUGGGAGACCCCCUGAGGACAGAUUAGAUCCUGGUGAUGCACAGUUCGUUGACGUCAUCCAUUCCGACAUUGACGCACUGGGCUACAAGGAGCCAUUAGGAAACAUAGACUUCUACCCAAAUGGAGGAUUGGAUCAACCCGGUUGUCCCAAAACAAUAUUGGGAGGAUUGCGAUAUUUUAAGUGUGACCACCAGAGGUCCGUGUACCUGUACCUUUCUUCUCUGAGAGAGAACUGUUCUAUCACCGCGUAUCCCUGUGACUCCUACCGGGAUUAUAGAAACGGCAAGUGUGUCAACUGUGGCAUACCACAAAAGGAGUCCUGUCCCCUCCUGGGCUAUUAUGCUGAUAAUUGGAAAGAGUAUUUAAAGCAGAAAGACCCUCCUAUGACUAAAGCGUUCUUUGACACAGCCAAGGAGGAACCGUACUGCAUAUAUCAUUACUUUGUGGAUAUUAUAACCUGGAACAAGAACAUAAGAAGAGGGUCCAUUACAAUCAAAUUGAGCGACAGAGCUGGGAACAUCACAGAAUCCAGAAUCAAUCAUGAACCUGCAGUAUUUCAGAAAUACCACCAAGUGAGUCUGCUUGCAAGAUUUAAUCAAGACUUGGAUAAAGUGGCGACCAUUUCCUUGGUGUUCUCUACCGGAUCUGUUAUAGGCCCCAAGUACAAGCUCAGGAUUCUCCGCAUGAAGUUAAGGUCACUUGCCCAUCCAGAGAGGCCCCAGUUGUGUCGGUAUGAUCUUGUGCUGAUGGAAAACAUUGAGACGGUCUUCCAACCCAUCCCGUGCCCCAAGCUGCUGAUGUAACUGUUGUUGGGACACACGGGCACCAGUAACAUCAAGAAAACGACAACUGUAGGCUUUUUUUAAAGUGUCACCUCACCUUUUCCUCAAGGCACAAAAAAGUAUGGGUGUCUUUUCCAGCAGCGUCCCAUGGAUGUCACAUUGCAAAAUGUCAAACGACCUUGGAUUAUGGAACGGUCCUGGGAAGGGAGCCCCUAAGUAGGGCAAGUCAGAAAUAGCCAGGCUCCCAACAGCCCAGCGCCUUGUCUGGCUGCGUCCUGGGGCCUCUGUGUCCCGGCCUUUCGGCUGUGCUGCCAGUCACUCGGGCAGCUCUGCUCAGCGCUGUGGCCGGUCAAGCGCCUGAAAGGGAAGGACUGGCUGGAGACCCCACUUCGGACUCGACCGCGCACUCCCUGUGCCACACUCCUCCAGGUCCUUGCACACAGAAGGGGAUGGAGCCUGACCUACCUCACAGGGCUGUCGUGUGGGUUUGGGGGCCAGUCUGUGAAGGGUUCUUGGAAAUCCCGGUGCCACAUCCAAUAUUUUAGCUGGUGCUUUGUUCGGACCAUGGCUGGGGCUUCUGCUGUGCUGUGUGUUGACAUCAGUGGGCGCCACG